GCGGAGAAAGACAUGCUAGUGCAACUGUGUGGUUCUUGGUUCUCCACGAUCCGAUAAGAAAUGGGCACUAACAGUUUUGCCUUUUGGGCUUGUUUGCUAUUCAGCAUGCGGUGUUUGCACAUUUCCACAGCCGACACCACAAUGCCGGAAGGAGGAUCUAGCACGACGAAUCAACCUGAUACAUCCAUCUCUGGUACCACUACGUCAGGUUCGACCGACAACUCAACUUUACCAUUGACAACAACCCCCACAAGCACCAGUGUCCAGACGUCUCCAUCGUCGACACAGAGAGAGACCCCAACUGACCAAACGAUCAUGACCUCAACUACAUCAAAAGAAGAAGGCCCCUCAACUUCCCCAGGCGAUAAGACGACAGCUGCCCCACAGAUUACAACUCCAGGUGUUCCACAGUUGGUGUUCAUUGUGGCAGCCGCUUCAGCGAGUGCAGCAGCAGUCAUCGUCAGCCUUGUGCUCUUGAUCGUAUGCUGUAAAAUCACGAAACACAACAUUUCCCCUAACCACGAAAAUGCGGAUGUGAACCGUAACAAGGCCAAUAAAUCUAGAGUCAGAAAUUCUAUCAAUUCUACUAUCUAUGAAGAGUCAGAUGUGGCACGUGGACACCAGGGCACGGACAAUCGAGACAUGUCGCCAUACAACACCAACGCUCACAGCAACUACCGUGAACAUCUCCGCCAGUUGCAGAAUAGGAAAAAAGUCAGUUCUGCAAUCUAUGAAGAGUCAGAUGUUAUCCGUGGACAUCUUGGAGCGGAAAUGCGAGAAGCGACUCCAUACAAGACCGAUGCUGCCAGCAACUUACACUCGGAUCACCAGUUGCAGAGUAGGACAGCCGCCAUUUCGACAAUCUAUGAAGCGUCUGACGUGGUCCGUGGACACCUGGGAAUGGAAAUGUCAGAACUGCCUCCAUACAAACCCGAUGUUGGAAGCAACUCAUUAUUUUAUAUCAGGCACUCGGGAAAUAGAAAAGACGUAACCUCGACCAUUUAUGAAGCGCCCGAUGCAGUCCCUGGGCCAACAGGACUGGGAACGCUCCCGCCCCCUUAUGGCGAUACUGCUUUCAGCUCCUACUCUGCCCUCCGUCAGCCGGAAAACAAGGGUGCCGAGCAUGACUACUCGAAGCUACAUCUGUACGAUGCUGUGACCAAUGAGGAACGUCUUCGAGAAUCGAUGCAGCUUGGCAUGUACAGUGAUCCAAGAAACCUUAACAUAUGAAAGACCGAGGAUUCAGAGAGUUCCAGGGAACCAUAUUAUGUAAAGUAACCAAACUUAUGUGGUCAGAACGUUUUGUCAUAACAACUGGUUUUGCCAAACAUGACACUCGUCAAACAAACAUUACCCACAUAUCAAUAUACAUGUUGUUUCUUAAUUGCACAUAUUUGAUUGAGCUUUCUCCAGCACUCGUGUCCCCCUGGCAACCAUGUUGCAAGCUUUUAGAUUGUGUUUUUAUUUACAUGUAUGUCUUUUCUUAUCAGCCCAAAAUAGUAAGAAAGCAAAACUCAAUUAAGAGUUGUAUGGAUAUUUAGUAGAGAACCGUAUACAACUUGAGGUUUGUAAAAGAAGAUAAAUCUUUUCAAAUGGUCCACUCCAAUAUGUUGACACAUGCCUUUCAUGGAUCUAAUUACUUUUUAACGUAGUAGUUAAGAAGUUUUACAAGUCACACAUCGAUGCUGCGCUCACAUUACUGCUACAUGCGUAGUAAUAAGUGUCACGUGUUACAUUCAUAGUAACAGUGUACAAGGAAAACAGGAUGAAUCAUACAUGAUGUAUUAUGAUCACCAUAACAAACGUGGAGCUUAUCAACUGUAAAUGCUUUCAAAUGUAGUCGUGUUAGGUGCCCAUUGUUAAGCUUUAUAAAUAGAUGCUUGGCGAUGCUUUUCAUUGUGAUAUGAAAACAGACAACAAUGAUCGACACUUCCCCCAACUACACGUCUAUUGUGAUAAAUCAACAAUGGUAUUUGCCUCAUUAUCAUUUUCUGGGAAGACUUUAUCACAAAAUUGCAAAACAGUUUUCCUCCUGACAAGUGCACUUGCACACGUUAGAAUGUUGCCUCGAUUAGAUACUUUAUACUAUGUUAUCCGGCAAAUAUGUAGAUAAACAUGGUUUGCCGAAAGCGUUUUUUGUCAAGAGUUUUUGGUUUUUACAUCUAGAAUUUGAUUAACGCUGUCGA